UUUAUUUUUUUCCCUAUUGUCAUUCUUCAAAUGGAAGUAAGCGAGAGGUUAAAUGAGUCUAGGAGAUUUUGCCUUUUGUGUUCGUGUGCUUUGUCUCUGAAUGGGUUCGCUGAGUUCCCACUUUGUGCCCAAAGGGAACUUGAAGUGGCCAUUAAGAGAGUAUAUGAAGAGGACAAUACCAGGUCAAGAGAGAUGAUAAAGAACAGUUAAUAUGUUUAAGUGCUCGUUCCAAAGGACUAACCACGAAAAAUGUAUUUCACAACAGUACCAUGGGCCCAGUUCACCCAAGCAGGCCAGAUUUGGUUAGAAUCACUGGAUCCUGUGUCUAUCUCCAGCUUCACCAGUGACAAAGAAUUUCUCUCUGUAAGCCUCUCUCUCUCUCCCUCUCUCUCUGUCGCUCGCUCUUUUCAAGGGAGUAAACUCAUUGCAACAAUCGUGCCCUUUGUGUUAUUGCCUUGGCAACUCUUGUCAAGGGGACCAAAUGGUUACCACAGCAAUGAGGCGAUGCCCUGCUAACUGCUUCUCUGUGAAAGAGCGCCGCAGACUCUCCCUCUCUCGCAGGCUGAUCUCUCCAUCACUGGAGCCGAACAGUAGGAUGCCCUCCAUCAGGCUCGCAGCCGAUGUUUGGACCUCCAUGUGUCCGGCUACGGCUGAGUUAUGGCUACCUCCACUGUGAACAUAAUGGCUUUGCUUUGUUUGGUUUCCCAGACAGGGCUCCAAUGUAAAGGUGAGGCACUUGGCGUGAAUGUGACCAGCCAGACCCAAGUGGUGAGGGGCACGGUGGGCAGAGAGGCCCUCUUGUCGGUCAGCUACUCCAGCAGCAGCGCUGACAAGCCUGUCAUCAAGUGGCAGGUCAAGAAGGACAAAGUAAAGCCCGUCACCGUCGUUCAGUCAAUCGGCACAGAGAUCAUUGGAAACCUGAGGCCUGAGUUUCGCCACCGAAUCCAGGUGUUCGAGAAUGGCUCCCUGCUACUCCACAACCUGCAGCUAUCAGAUGAAGGGGCGUACGAGGUCGAAAUCUCCAUCACAGACGACACGUUCACCGGAGAGCACUACAUUGAGCUGACCGUGGAUGUUCCUGUGUCAAAACCUUACAUCCAGAUGAUGGCUUCUUCCGUCCUGGAGUACAGCGAGCACUUCCACCUCCACUGCUCCCAUGAUAACGGCACAAAGCCCACGUACAGUUGGCUGAAAGGAGGGAAGGUGCUGACCAAUGACUCACGCCUUCUGCUUUCACACGACCAGAAGGUGUUGACCAUCUCACGCGUCCUGAUGUCCGAUGACGACGUCUAUGCCUGCACAGUGGAGAACCCCAUCAGCAGCACGAAGAGCGUCCCUGUUCGCCUCACCGUCUACAGUUCAGGACGGAGCUCAUUAUACAUCAUCCUGUCCACCGGGGGCAUAUUCCUCCUAAUCACCCUGGUGACAGUGUGUGCUUGCUGGAAACCUUCCAAAAAGAAGCAUCGACCUGUUCCCCAAAGAGCUCCUGUCUACAUGGAGCAAAGUGAAAAUGGCCAUGAUGUUGAUGUGGUGCCAAAGCCAACCACGCUUGGCCGAAGGAGCCCCAUGCCUCUUUAUGUCCUCAACGAAGACGAGACUUUGGAGCAUCUAGAAGAAUCCUCUGGCAACCCUGCUGUCCAAUCAGAAAUUAAUAUCCCUGCCACCUAUGUUCCAGUCCUCCCCCCGACCACCAACAGAACUGAGCGGCCGAUCUGGUCCACGCCCCGCCGGUACCCCCGCAGCCCGUCUCCGCUGGCACAGCCUCUCCCUCAGCCCCUCCCCGCUCCCCUCCUUCGUCCCGUCUGCUCUCCGGCUCGCUCCCCGGCGAACUCUCCGGGAUCGUCCCCCCGCAGUUUCAGCCCGGUGAGGAGGGUCCGUCCUCCAGUGGGCAUCCCAGUCAGCCACCUGCCCGUGGAGGCAGAGUGCACGGAGCCCAGCGAUCAGACUCUCGGCUCCUCACAGCACUGACAGCCGUCUGGAAAAUAGUUUUCACCCUGGGAUAUGUGAAAUGCAUGUUUAGUUUGGGUUCCACGCUGUAGGUUAACAAAUGGGUUCUCUUCUUUUCUUCUUUUUUCCUUCAUUUGUCAGUAUUUAUGACGCACUUCUUUAUGGCUAUGCACAAAAAAAAAAAAAAAAAAUUAAGAUUUUUUCUUAAAUACUGUUCAGUGUUCUGGUAUAUGCAGAUCUAUUUGUUUUAUUACAGUGAGUUUUUGAUUUAGAAAAAAGUAUAAUAAAAUACAAAACAGAGUCCCAGUCAUAUUUAUUGGCAUCCAUAAAAGCCUUAAACUGAAUUUGAAUUUUAUUGCUGCAUUUUCGUCUCACGUUAAGCAGUUUAGUUAAGCCAAAUGAUUAAUCUGAGUGUAAUUAUUCAGGCGGGAAAAUAAAUCCCAUGUUACAAAAUAAUUGUUUCAGUCAAACAUAUUUAUUAGGCAUCUCUGCUGUCGGUCUCAUCUCAUAGCGUGUGAAUAGAUCAGAUCAUAUAUAAAGAGGGAUAUUAUUUAGCUCGUCCUUUUUGCACAUUACCCAGAAUCCUGAACUGUCUUUUCCACCUCAUAGAUUUUAAGUUCUCCAGAUCUUUAUUUAACAUUUUUCUAAAGGUGAUGCCAUUCACUCUAGUAAAGUUCUCAGGGGCUACGAAAGAAAAACAGUCCCACACCAUCACAGAUCCUCCACCGUACAUAACAGUGGAGGUGUUUUUCUACUAUUUCUUUCUUUAAGAUUCUCCAAGUAUAAAUAAUUUUUAAAAAAUGGCUCCAGUUAGAUUCAUUUUAGGACAGUUGUUUGGGUUGGCACUGGUGGUUUUGUUAACAAUUGCUUCUUAAGGUAUUUCCUAGCACUGAAUAAGUAUACACUCAUAUCAAAGGCCAAUUUAAAUAAGAAUCUG